AUGUUCAAAAACCGCGGCCGGCCGAAGGGUACGCGGCGAAAAGUGGAUGAAGACGAUGAAGACGAGGAGAGCGAGACCGCGGAGCAGCAAAAACUGCAGGAGGUUCGAUUAGUUCAGAAGGAGCAGUGGGCAAAGCCACGAGGAGUAGUGCCAGUCCCUGAGAUGAUGAAGCAGCCAGAGGAGGAGGAAGAGGAGGAGGACAAGGAGCAGUGGGGCCUACUGGAAAAGUCCUUCUCCGGCACGGCUGGUCAGAAGGGACCCGACCACCACCUCGAGGCUUACCUCAACGAGCGCCUCUACAACAAGGGGAAGGAGGAGGAAGAGACGGUGAAGGAGAGGAGCCGUGAGGAGCGGCUGUAUGAGGUGCCGGCGAAUCUGCAGGUGCCCGAUGCUGCAGAGAGCCAAGUGGACAAGAUGAGCUGGGUAGCAGGCCUGGCAGAGGUUGCAUUGCCGGUCGAAUACAAGCUGAAGAACAUUGAGGCCACUGAGAAGGCCAAGCGCGAGUACCUGUAUGGGGAGCAUGCAAAUGCCAAACCGGGAGCGGUGAUUGAGACAGACGCCGUCACCAGGAAGGCUUUUGGAUCCAGGUUCAUGAACGUCGACAAGAGAGACGACUCCAAGGCCACCAAGCUCCCUUGUGUGUUCCAAAUCCUUUCUUGCCGAUUUCGAGACUAG